GGCACAACCAUAUUUCCAUCACUGACCUCGGUGCUACAUGAUGACAAAGAAUUCCCCAACCCAGAGAUGUUUGACCCUGGACACUUUCUGGAUGAGAAUGGCAAUUUUAAGAAAAGUGACUACUUCAUGCCUUUCUCCACAGGCAAACGGAUCUGUGUGGGAGAGGGCCUGGCCCGCAUGGAGCUGUUUUUAUUCCUGAUCACCAUUUUACAGAACUUUAACCUGAAAUCUCUGGUUGACCCAAAGGACCUCGAUACCACCCCACCUAACAGUAGAUCACUUUCUUUGCCACCCUCGUACCGGAUCUGCUUCAUUCCUGUGUGA